GGGAACAGAGCUCCUCGCCCGGAAACCCAUCCACCCACCCAAUACCAACACCAUCACCACCACCAUUCAAAGCUUCAUCAUACUCACCCGCGCUGCAGGAAGAACCUACCCACCGAGAGAGAGAAAAAGGAAAAACAAACCCCGAAAAUUGGAGAAGAAGAAGAAAGAAAGAAUAGCCCAACUCCCUCUCUUAUCAUGAACGUCGACACCAUCGCCGACUUCCUCGCCGAGCAGCGGGACCAGACCCCGGAUGAGCUCCAGUACCUCAUAAUCCAAUUCGAGAACUUAUGGGAGCGCAAGCUGUGGCACCAGCUUACCGACGCCCUCCUCGAGUUCUUCGCCAGCCCUCAGAGCGAGGGCCAACGCCUCGAGUUCUACAAGGUCUUCAUCCUUAAGUUCGCUGAUAAGAUCAACCAGCUUAAGCUUGUCACCCUCGGCCUUAAAGCCGCCACGCAAUGUCGAGAUAACCAAGAGCGCCUCGCCUUCCUGUCCGACCUGGCCAAGAGGGUCGACAACGAGAACUCGCAGGACGCCUUCGUGUACGCCGCCGUGGCCGUGGCGCACGUCGAGCUCGACCUGCAGGAUGCCGAGGCGGCCCGGCGGUCGCUCGACCGGGCCGAGCGCAUCCUCGACGGCUUCGACUCGGUCGAGACCAAGGUCCACGCCGCCUUCUACCAGAUCAACGCCGACUACUACGAGGCCCGCGCCGACUUCGCGUCCUACUACCGCAACGCCCUGCUCUACCUCGCCUGCAUCGACCUCGCCUCGCUGUCCGACGCCGAGCGCCGCGCCCGCGCCCGCGACCUCGGCGUCGCUGCCCUCGUCUCCGACUCCAUCUACAACUUCGGCGAGCUGCUCCAGCACCCCAUCCUCGCUGCCCUCACCGGCGACGUCGCCUGGCUCCGGGACCUCCUGCGCGCCUUCAACCGCGGGGACCUCGCCGCCUACGACGUGCUCUCGGGCCACAUCGCCUCCCACCCGCUGCUGCGCGAGCACGCCGCCGGCAUCCGCCAGAAGAUCUACCUCGCCGCGCUCACCGAGAGCGUCUUCCGCCGCCCGCCCCACCAGCGCGCCAUGACCUUCGACGCCAUCUCCGCCGACACCAAGGUCCGCCCCGACGAGAUCGAGCACCUCGUCAUGAAGGCGCUCAGCCUCGGCCUCGUCCGCGGCACCAUCGACGAGGUCGGCGAGGUCGUCAACUUCACCUGGGUCCAGCCCCGCGUCCUCGACAUGGCUCAGAUCGCGAGCAUGAGUCAGCGCCUCGGCGAGUGGGCCGAAAACGUCAACAAGCUCGGCAACUGGAUCGAGGCCACCGGGCAGGACGUCUGGGCGCCCUAAAGAGGGUCUCUCCAUUUUUGGGGGUCUCCGAUUUGGACGGCAUGCCAUGUGCGUUGGCCAGUAUUAUCCUCCUCCCUCUCCGCCCCUCCGCCCCUCCUACCCCUCCCUCUGGCCAGCCUUGGCGUGUCUCGAAGAAAAAAAAAUCCGAGCUCAAUAUGUUACGUAGGAGAUAGUGGGGGUUUGGAGGGGCGUUGGGGGAGGAUUUUCGGAGGGGAAAAGGGGAGGGGAGCCGAUUGACAGCCCGCUCCGUUACAGUUAGGAGCUUCCUAGAGCAGCUCUCACCCGCCCUAUAAGCUAAGAUGGAUACUUUCCACCCUUACCUGGUCCCACCGUCACCGCGCAAUAGAAAUACGUAUACGUUCCUCCCCGGACAAGGGGGUGUCUGUUGCUGUUGUCCACGACGCUAAUUAGUGCGGAAGAGAAGGGAGGGACCGGGGAGGAGGAGGAGGAGGAGGAG